CGACCAUCUUUCUCGGAGUCCCUCUCUCCCUUAGUUUGCGGUCCGCCAUGCACCGACCAGACUCUAGUCCUUUACAGGUGGCUCCUCAUAAAUCAAUUUGUGGGAGUCACUGGCCUGAUGGGUCAAACGAGGCUGGAGGUGGAGAUGGUGAAAAUCCUCCAACCAUGGCCUUUCCCCCUCCAACUGCUGCUGCCUUCCACAAGUCACCCACAAUUCGUGGUAUCCUGCGCGUUUGUAAGACUACAGUAUUUCCCGUUGCAGCACAAACCAGCCUCGCUACGACAUUCCAAAUCAGCAGUUUUUAGACAUGUUUCUCUCAUGGUCUAUAGCUGCCUCUCCUCCUCCCGAGCCACCUCAGCCUCCCAAGCCAAAGGUGCGGUCUCGUACGGGCUGCAACACCUGUCGGCGUAGACGGGUAAAAUGCGAUGAAACUCAUCCCACGUGCAUGCGAUGCAGGAGGUCUGGAUAUGCAUGCAGCUAUGAGGUCCGCUUGCAGUGGGAGGACGAAAUGCGUGCAGUAGGCAAGUGUCAUGGACGAACAGGCGUUCAAUCGAAGAUGAACUCACCUGCACGCAAACGAUUGGCUGAUACGACCAUGGAGCCGUGGACACGGACCAAACGCAAAGAUCAGGAUGAUACCUGUCAGGUCGAUGGCGAAGAGAAAGCUGUGUCGAUCGGCUCUCCACCCGCCUGCCAGAGUCCACAACAAAACAUUGUAACCAGCGACCAGGCUCUGGAAUCCGUCUACCAGCGCCGCUACUAUCAAUGGGAUCGACGCAAGUCAGCGUCACUAGCCAGGGCGCUGCCUGUUCUCCCUUGGAGUAUCGGCAUACCGGACGUUGACCAUUUGUGUCUAUCGUUCUAUGAAUCUGUCAUGUGUCCCGUCGCCGUCACUGUUGACGAUGAGGAUAACAAUCCCCUCCGCAGUACGGUGAUGCGUAUGGCUUUCAGGUCUGAGUUGACCUAUUAUGCGGUCCUCAUGGCUAGUUCUCAGUAUAUGCGCUCAUUUGACUCUCAAUACACAAUCUUGGAGAUGCAAGUGCGGCAACGAGUACUUGGAGGGUUACGACAAGCAUUGGCACGAGAAUCUUGGGACACUGAGGAUGUCCUCGUGCCAACAAUAUUUCUUUGCUCUUCGGCAAUUUCCGCCAGCUGUGACUCGUCCUGGGUGCGUCAUUUUACUUGCUUCCAGCUCCUCGUCAAGCGGGCAGCUCAGGGGAAAUUUUGCAAGUCCGUCCUGCACCGAUUUUUUGUCAGUUACUUCUCUGCACAUCUGGUACUUGCCAAGUCUAUGUUUUCCAUUGAGGAUUUGCUACCUGUCGUUGGACCACCACUUUACCUCGACACUAAAGACACACCGACUCUUACCCUGGAUUUGCGCGAGACUUCGUGGACCUCGACAACCGCUCUACUAGGCGUGAUGGAUUCGAAUAUUCUUCAUCAGAUAGACAUCUGGAAUGGCCUCAGUAAUCACCUUCUUCUCUUGAUAAAUGACACAUUGACUAUCAAAGAAGAUGUUCUUGCUUUAAAAUGCCUUCAAGCUUCGGAUCCACCGACCAUGGUUGUUGCUGCUCAAGCGUCAAUUGAAACAAAGAUACUAGGCUUGAGAGAUAGCAUCAGCAAUGUCACGCAAAUACUUCCAGACUCAUCGAUAAAUCACCGUCAUGCCACCGAAUGCGCGAAUUCAUACCGCCUACUAGAGCAUACAGGCGAGGCUUAUCGUCUUGCCGCUUUUCUGCUCCUCUCUGAAGCAUCCAAAUCUUCAUUCUUAGGGUUCACGCCAACGAAUAUCAAAGGAUUCGAUUCUGUACAAAUAAAGGAUCACGUCCACACAAUUCUCAUUCUGGUGGAUAGGAUUGUAUCGAAGCUAGACUUCUUACCCAUCUCCUGGCCUCUGUGGCCCCUUUUCAUCGCGGCUUGUUGUAGUGACCCAGACUCGGAGGCACAGGCCAAGGCUCUAGCAUUGUUUCGGACUGCUCGAGCGAAAGCCCCAUACGAAAACACAAUGAGAGCACAGACCCUAGUUGAGCUGCUGUGGAAACGCCGUACGCUGAAUUCGGAUGCAGUCGCACAGAUACGCAUUGGCCGCUUCGAAUGGGAGGAGGUUAUGGAGUUUCUAGGGUGGCAAACAAGUUUUGCUUGACUUUCUUGGCUUGAGUUACGACAACGAUUUAAUGACGAAUACUUGAAGCGUUAACUUGCAUCAUCCUUCUG